GCGGGGCCCGGACGCGGCAUCAUCACUUCCUGUUGUGCGCAAGCGUUUCCUGUCGCUGCUUGGUAACAAUGGGGAAGAUAAUGGCUGCCUGAGCAACGUCUCCGAGCAGGCGCUGGGCUAGAGGCGGGUCUCAACCAGCGACUCAUCGGAGGCGGGCUUGAGAGCGGCGGUAGGGGAGGCGCGCAGGAGCCCCGGCGGCGGCGGCGGCGGCGGCCGGACCGACCGAGUCGGAUCCCGACACUAAAACCGAAUAAUUUUCCACUUGUUCAUCAAGAUGGAAAGCUCAGAUUCUAACGAUAAAGGAAGCGGUGAUCAGUCUGCAGCACAGCGCAGAAGUCAGAUGGACCGAUUGGAUCGGGAAGAAGCUUUCUAUCAAUUUGUAAAUAACCUCAGUGAAGAAGAUUAUAGGCUUAUGAGGGAUAACAAUUUGCUAGGCACCCCAGGUGAAAGUACUGAGGAAGAGUUGCUGAGAAGACUACAACAAAUUAAAGAGGGCCCACCACCACAAAACUCAGAUGAAAAUAGAGGUGGAGACUCUUCAGAUGAUGUGUCUAAUGGUGACUCUAUAAUAGACUGGCUUAACUCCGUCAGACAAACUGGAAAUACGACAAGAAGUGGGCAAAGAGGAAACCAAUCUUGGAGAGCAGUGAGCCGGACUAAUCCAAACAGUGGUGAUUUCAGAUUCAGUUUAGAGAUCAAUGUUAACCGUAAUAAUGGGAGCCAAAAUCCAGAGAAUGAAAAUGAGCUAUCUGCAAGACGUUCUAGUGGAGAAAGUAUGGACAACAACAGCCAAAGGCAAGUGGAAAAUACACGAUCUGAAUCAACAUCUGCAAGGCCACCCAGAUCAGAACGAAAUUCAACUGAAUCAUUAACAGGAGAAGCCCCACCUACCAGAGGUCAGAGAAGGGCAAGAAGUAGGAGCCCAGACCAUCGGAGAACCCGAGCAAGAGCUGAAAGAAGUAGAUCACCUCUGCAUCCAAUGAGUGAAAUUCCACGAAGGUCUCAUCAUAGUAUCUCAUCUCAGACUUUUGAGCAUCCUUUGGUAAAUGAGACUGAGGGAAGUUCUAGAACCCGGCACCACGUGACAUUGAGACAGCAAAUAAGUGGACCUGACUUGCUAAGUAGAGGUCUCUUUGCAGCUUCUGGAACCAGAAAUGCCUCACAAGGAGCAGGGUCUUCAGAUACAACUGGCAAUGGUGAAUCUACAGGAUCAGGCCAGAGACCUCCAACCAUAGUCCUUGAUCUUCAAGUAAGAAGAGUUCGUCCUGGAGAAUAUCGGCAGAGAGAUAGCAUAGCUAGCAGAACUCGGUCAAGGUCUCAGACGCCAAAUAACACCGUCACUUACGAAAGUGAACGAGGAGGUUUUAGGCGUACGUUUUCACGUUCUGAGCGAGCAGGUGUGAGAACCUAUGUCAGUACCAUCAGAAUUCCAAUUCGUAGAAUCUUAAAUACUGGUUUAAGUGAGACUACAUCUGUUGCAAUUCAGACCAUGUUAAGGCAGAUAAUGACAGGUUUUGGUGAGUUAAGCUACUUUAUGUACAGUGAUAGUGAUUCAGAGCCUAGUGGCUCAGUCUCGAGUCGAAAUAUGGAAAGGUCAGAGUCACGGAAUGGAAGAGGGGGUUCUGGUGGUAGUAGCAGUUCUGGUUCGAGUUCCAGUUCAAGUUCCAGUUCAAGUUCCAGUUCUAGUUCCAGUUCCAGUCCUAGUUCCAGUUCCAGUGGUGAAAGUUCAGAGACUAGCUCAGAGGUAUUUGAAGGCAGUAAUGAAGGAAGCUCAUCAUCAGGCUCAUCAGGUGCCAGGCGAGAGGGUCGACACAGGGCCCCAGUAACAUUUGAUGAAAGUGGCUCUUUGCCCUUCCUUAGUCUGGCUCAGUUUUUCCUCUUAAAUGAGGAUGAUGAUGACCAACCUAGAGGACUCACCAAAGAACAGAUUGACAACUUGGCAAUGAGAAGUUUUGGUGAAAACGAUGCAUUAAAAACCUGUAGUGUUUGCAUUACAGAAUACACAGAAGGCAACAAACUUCGUAAACUACCUUGUUCCCAUGAGUACCAUGUCCACUGCAUCGAUCGCUGGUUAUCUGAGAAUUCUACUUGUCCUAUAUGUCGCAGAGCAGUCUUAGCUUCAGGCAACAGAGAAAGCGUUGUGUGAUUAAGGUCUGAACUCUCAGCUAUGUAGCUGGUAUAGUGAUGGGCAAACAGGAAUCACUUGCUUUAUGUCCACUUUUUGAGUGGUGCUUAAAUGUAAAGUAGCAACCUGAAUUGAGUCAUUGCUUUCUGAAUGAAUUAUUGUCCUUUCUCUAAUUUCUGUUCCAGAAUAAAAGGAAAUAUUUAAAAAGCAACGUUUUAGGACAUAAAAAUCUGAUUUCAGUAUCAGUAAUUGUUAUUACUGAUGAUUUAUCAUAUAUAGUUGUCAGUUUCUCCUUUGUUAUCUUAAAAGAUCUGCCUUAGCAAUGGCUUUUAUCUGUUUCAUGUUGAUCUUUAAAGUUUCCUAUGCCAUAGGAAAGAGGGGCGAAGGAAAUUCCCAGUUUAGACUAAGUUACAGUACAUGUUUCCUAAGUGAUUGCUUAAAGCUAUACUGUUCCCAGUUAUUAGUUGGCACAAAUUCACCUACAUUCUGAAUAUCAUUUGUUCACCUUUCAGACAAGGUGAUAUUGGACAUGUCAGUGUAAAUAACACUAAGGUUAGGAUCUUCUAAGUGUAUAACUGUCUCCUAAGCCCAUCACUGUGGCACACUGUAGAGUGAGCUUAUAGUUUAAUUGAGAUAUUUAUCUUGUGGAAAUAUUAAAAAAAAAAAGCCUAUGCUUGUGUAAGUGAAAAAAAAUCACAUUCAUUUGUUUAAAAAUGUAAAGCUAUUUUGUAGAGGCUCAGUACUUUUCCAAUGCACUGUUGUAUUAAUGCGUUAAAAAUUGUAAAGUACCAUGCUUAGAAAUGAAAAAACUGCUUUUUGUGAGCCAACAUAGUAAAAAACACACCAAACAAAGUACAAAGCUGCUUUUGUAAGUGUGUAGAUGUAAGAGCAGAACAUAUCUAUGAUAUUUAAUGUAUGUGAACAGCUACUGUGACAUGCAAAGGAAAGGACAGAGUGCAGAAUUGAACUGCAUUGAAGAUCAGUGGAAAUUGUUUAUUUUAACUUGGAUUUAGGCAGGAAAUGAAAGACAGGAGGAGUAAAGAAAACUGCUUGGAAGAACUUAAACUUUUCAUGAAGACAGUAGUCAUACAGAUGUGAGUGAACUGGUUUCAUAUGGUGAGAUCCUGGACACAGUAUUCUACUUGAGCAGAUGACGCAAAUUUGGCAGAGCUUUGGUUUAAGGAAAACAAACCACUAGCCCUUAGCACAAGUUACACUGAUGUUUUUUACAAGACUGCUCCUCAAAAAAAAAAAAGAAAAACCCAAAAAGCAAAAGAUGGAGGAAAGAGACUAUAAACCACUUUUAGCAUAGGAAUUGAAGUUGGUGCAGAUGUAUGUACUAAUAGGAAAGUCUCAAAUUUGCAUUGUUUUCGAGAUUUGUCAUUCAAGGUACCGGUGCCCACUUGUUUAAUGUUUUGUUACUAUCUCUCUAACACAGACCUAACAUCUCACAUUUAAAGACAAGGUGAAGAAUUAAGGGAUUUUUAUUCUUUGUGGAAAGUGAGUCGUGUUGGGUUAUUUGAAAUUGAAAUUUUAAAUGUGCUGCCCAUAUUUGAAGUUGAGAAUGCUGACUCACAAAUCUAUGGGAUAUGCACUUUAUGUUGUUUCCUUAGUAAGCUUUGUGAAGAACCCCAGUACUCUUGCCAACUUUCUCUUGAGGCUCGUUGGGGUUAGGAUUAGUCUGACUGUGGAGGACUGUCUUUGUUUUUCUGGGAAAAGCUAAUGGGCCCAAAGAGGGAUUGAACACAUCCUUGGCCUUUAACAAAGUGAGCUAAUUACCCAGGCCUAGUCAGAUACUCUACAAAAUAAAGAAGUCUGCUUUAGAAAUUAUCUGGCCACCUUAACUGUUAUCAACUCAGCUGUAAAGAUUAUUUCAAAGCUCAUUCUUUCAUAUUUUCCUCUGGCUUUCAAUCCUACCUAAGUAUCAAGGAAAUUGUAAAUAUGGUAGUUGUUUACUAAGGAUAUGUACUGCUCUUGCAAGGAAAUAAUGUCCAAACAAAGCUUCACUUAUUUUUUUUUUAAUAUAAGCAGAUUUCACUGUUUAUGGCGCUUAUGUAAUACAUUUUAUCUUUUUAAAAAAAAUUGUCCAUGUAAAAGUCAGGAUUCCUUUAUAUUUGUGAGCCAUGUCUCCUUUCCUAAGGGUGUAUUCUUUGGUUUUCAGAUCUGCAGGGUAUUCCUGAUUGGCUAAAAACAAACCCAGUUUCCUCUUGGUAUAAAAUGUCCCAUUCUUAUAUAGGGGUGUUCAUUUUAAAUAGUUUAAAAACAACUGCAUCACAUUCUAAGCAUAAAAGAAAGUUAUUAACAGGUACCUUCCUAACCUCCCAAGAUGUAUUUUACUCAUUUGUGAAGUAUUAAAGAGGUAACUCAUGCAGAAUGCUGGUUAUGAAUGUAGAUAUUGAAGCUAUUCAUAAACACUGGAAAUAGAAUUUUAAGUUUUUAGCCUUCAGUAGGAUGCACAUAUUGGACAUGUGCAUGUGGAAACCUUUUUCAGUAGCACUCAUUAAUUUCCAUUGGAUUGUGUAGAAUGGAUGCAAAUAUUUUAGUGGAAUUUGCUACUUGAUUUUUUUUUUUUUGCAAGGUCCAUGACCAAUAUGUACUUACUAGUAUGGACAUUGAAGACAAGGUCAUUUGUAGGUGUCAGAUGUACAUUGGAGAACAAAAAUCUUUUUUCCCACCAGCAUCCAAAUACCUGUUCUCUUGAGGAAGCAUUUUCUUGCAAAAGACUUUACAUUUCAUUUUGUAUCUUUGCACUUUUUCUUUAUUACAGGAAGGUUCUGUCUUGAGGACCUAGUUUGAACUUCAUGCAGUAAUAGGAACAAGAAAAUCAAUGUUGGGAUUACAUUGUUCAAGGCAUAGGGAAAAGUACUAAAAAUGGAAUUUCCUUGAAUAUUUCAGAUUAUUUUUUAAAAUUCACUUACUAGUCUGAAACAUUUGAGGUGUUAUGUUUAACUCCAAGCAGUUGACAUGAUUGAGAUUAGUACUAAAAACAAAAUUGAACAAGUUAGCUUUAAAGUUUGCAGACUUUAUCUGUAGCAACACUAGAAGAUGAGCCAUAUUCUUAAUUUGGAAUAUUUGCUCUAAAAAGAACACAUUAGUUAUACCUCAGUGGUGUUGAUGGAGGUGGGGAUUGAGAAAAGUGUUCACAUUAGUGUUGGAGUAUAGGUAAUCAGUUGUACAGUUAACAAUGACAAAAAACGUUUAGCACCAGGAUUUUAUAUAUAUAUGUAUGUGUGUGUAUAUAUAUAUAUGUAUAAAAUCUCUAAAAACAUGAUUGUUGGAGUUCAUCCAAACUUUAAGAUUAGGAAACUAUUAUCUAUAAGUGUUACCUCAAGUAAUUUUUUUUCCCUGGGAAAACAUGUUCAUUCCGUGCCAAGUAUUCUCUCCUAGUGUCCGUGUCUCAAAUUAUAUUUAUGAAGGGUUAUCACUUAAUAUACUUUGUAUUUAAUCACCUGCUUCCCAGAUGUCCACGACAUAAAAUGGGUCAAGCAUCAGCCAUAACUUUUGGCAGUUCGCAAAAUACCCAUGUGAUAAGGAGGUGAAUGGCCAUUUUUACAGCUUGCUAGAAUACAGUGGCACCUUGUGGUGGUUGUUGAUACUUUUAAAGAUGGAGGAUAUUUUUAUUCCUCCCUUUACUCCACCCCAUUUCUUUGUUGUUUUGUGAACGAAAAAUACUUGUAAUCUGCCUUAUUUGAGUUUUUAAGUUUUACCUUACUGGCUUCCCUGUCAAAUGUAUUACCAAUAUUAAAUACAUAGAAGCCACGUUUGCAGGGCACUUUUAUUGUCUUAUAAGACUAUGCUGAUUGCUACUUUCUAAAGUAUUCUGUACCUUAGUAAUGCAAGAGACUGGUAAGGCACAUGUUAAAGUGUCAGGCGUUUUUUUCCCCUUAGUAUAAUUCUUCAGUAUGUGUAAUACUCAGUAACAGUGUUGUAAUUCAUUGAGUUAACGAGUAAAUUGUGCGCUUUUGAAAAAACAUUUGAAAAUGUAAGUCAACUUAUAACAUGCUUCAUUUGGAAAAUUAAAGUGCAAGGUCCAAGUAACUAGUAUUUCAGUUAUUUUUAAAUCAGAUUUUUAAUAAGCAACUAAGAAAUAGCUGUGAGUUACGUACCUGCCCUUUACAAUUUUUAGCAUUCUGAAAUGAGUUCUUAACUGGAACAUUUCUAAAAUACUAAUAUUCCCAACAAGUAAGCAAUCUCACUUGAUUUAAGUAACUCCAUUUUGUAUCUAAAAUACAGUAUAGAAUUGAGCUGUUACUGAGCUGUUGGACUCUCAAGGAAUAACAAGUUUGUAUCAGUUUUACAAUUAUUUUCAUGUCUACAUAGGUAUUUUAAUUCAAAUUUGAAGAAAAUAGGCACACCCUUCAGCACUCAGAGAUACUUAUUUUUGAUUAGGAUUUGUUUACUAAAGACCCCCAAGCUGCUUUAUAGUUACUUAGAUUGAGUGAUAUCUUAAAGACAUGCAGUGAAAGUGAACCCCAUCAUACCACUGUGCCUAGUUAUUUCAGGGUUCCUCUAUCAGUUCCUCAUCUUGCAGAUUUAUCCUAAUACCAAGGUAUGGCUGAACCAGCUGUCCAGCCUUAACUCUUUUGAGUGCCCCUUUGCUAACGUUCUUUUAACUGAGUGAUUUGUGUUUUUUAACUGUCCAAUGUUUGGAUUUUACCUCUUGAUGGCUCCAUUUGUCCCUGGUGCUGCUUUUAAAGAUGUAGGGCCAUGUGAUCAGGUAUCAAGUUGAGUAGGUACGCAAUUGGCCUGGUUAUGUAUCUGUGCCUGUUUUAUCUUCUCCCAGGAAGAGCUGCUUUGGUAUAGAUGUUUACUUAGAUUCAGAUAAAGAACUGGGCAGCGAUUUUGGAAAGCUUUCUGAAGCCUAUAAGAACCUGAGGGGAUUUGGAGGGGGAACAGUAACAAAGGCUGCCUUUAUGUCUUUGAACAUGAAGCACAUAAAUGUAUGUUCUGUAAAGACUAAAGUGAUUGUUAUACCAGGGCUUCCUGACCUCUGGGAGAGACUUUCAAAAAAGCAGAAAGGAGCACAAAGUGAAGUGAAUUUGGUUGGUUUGCUUUAUCUGGUUUCUCAUUUUCUUUCAAUUUAAACCUGAACACAACACCCUUCUCCAAUAUCUAUCCAGCAGACUCCUGGUUGGGAAGCCCUGUGUUAAAUUUUGAGAAUGUACCCAGUUUCCUUUUUUUUUUUUUUUUUUUUUUGUACAGUGCUUUACAUCUGCUAAAAGUUAACUUGUUUAAUGCAAAACAAGACCUUGAAGGGUCAGUCAUACUAAAGCUGGUUUGAUUAUUAAUAGUUAUCUUUUAGGAAGAAGCUUUUUCCCUAUGUAAGAUGUCAUACUGCAGAUUUAAAAUAUAGACUAUCAAUAAAAUGCAUGAAGUGAUCAUUUGUGCUUGAUCAUCUCUCCUUGGGUUUUUCUUUUAAAAGGGGAAUCUGUUAAAGGUUCUGUUGCUCACACCAAUGUCAGAUGUGGUUUUUAGAAUCAAGUAGAAUUACAGUGCAACCUUGAUUUUGAUUCCCCUCAGUGUGGGCAGGUACUGGUUUAUGGAAUAUAACUUCCGUAUCAUGUAAUUUAAUGGCUUAAUC